CCGUCAACGUUACCUACCUAUCCUCACUGACUAACUACCUACUCCGGCAUUUAUCAUAGAUGCGGCCGUCAAUGCUCUACCUGCUUCCUUUGCUCGCGUCUGGCGUACACGCAGUCGUGCUCUCCUAUGCUGCCUGCGCCAAUGUUGAUUUUUGGUAUUGCAACUCCGUCUGUGCUCUACCAUUUCAACUCCACAACAGCACCCAACCACCACAUACGACCAUACCUGCUAGAGAACUUGGGAUCCCGUCCGCUCUCCCUGAAAUAAGCUAGUAAGGGCCAAACUAGUAGUUGGGUCGGUGACGACCAGCAAAUCCUUGGUGUUGUAUGUUCAUUUUUCGGUGUUUUG